AUGGCGUACACAAGGGUAUCAAUUAGAAUUACUGCUCCUUCAGCUUGGCUUCAUUCAUGUGUAAAUCAUCAAACUUUUAAGAAAUUGUGCAUAAUUCCAAUAGCAAUGCGAGCGAAAGAAAUAAUAACCGGAUCUUUAAUUCCUGAUGGAAAGACGACAUUAUUAUUUAAAGGAAUUAAAGCCGAAAUUAUAAAAACACCGCAGGGAUAUUUUAUCAAGAGACGUGGAUUUACAGUCGAAGAUAUAUUAAGUGGUGACUUUUACUCGUCUUUUGAAAUGUCAGUAGACAUUCCUUCAGAAUGGAUGACGGAAGACAUUGAUAUUUCAAAAUUAAGGGACACUCUAAUGAUAACAAUAGCUGUCCAUAACUAUGGUUGUUUUUGUAAUAAAACGGAUGAUGAUAACGUUUACUUGCGUUAUAAUAAUUUAAUAGUUGAAGUUAAAAAAACAGGACCUUCAUCGUUUCAUUUAGAAAAAAAACCUUAUUUAGAAGUUCCUGCUCAUUUUUCACCUCAAAAUUUGGACGAUGGAUUAAAUGAUUUUGAUUGUAAUAAUUUAGAAAUUCAAAUUGAAGAAUGUCACUUAGCGGAAUAUGAAGAACAAGAUGUCACGCAAGCUGAAAAAGAAAAUAAUAAUUUAAUUUGGGAACUAGAAAGCAGCUUAAAUAAUUAUGCAGAGUCCGAAUGCGAGGAACCUAUGGACGUUAAAACAACAGAAGAAGGCGAGGAGGACGAAGGCAUUGAUAUUGUGGAGGAUGGCGAGAGAGAACCAGCUGCUUCUAAUACAGGAGAGCAACCGAUGGAAGUAGAAGAGGCGGGAGAAGGGAAGGGGGCUCAAGGCAUUGGCGAUGGUGAUACAGUAGAAGGCGUAGGUGAGCAACGUAUGCCUGAAGAGGGGAGAGGAGAAGAAGAAAAGGAGAAUAAAGAAUAA